GAUAGUUUUUCGUCGCAAAUUACGCGGAUUAAUAUAUCGUAUUAUAUGCUUGCAAUACACGUUGCCAAUAAGCACAAUGGCGACUUCAGCUAGUGGAUACCUUGAAGGAUAUUGAGGGGAGGGUUGGUACGAUUGUGCCCUUCCCAAGGAGCUAAAGAGAGUGUGCUGGAUACCGGAAAGUGAAGAAGAACACGAAGAAAAAGAUUGAUCAAUAUCCGAAAUUGUAAGGUAACAGAAAACAAGAUUUUAACAAACAACGUAAUAGCCGGUAGGUGAACCCAGCUCGUUGAGUAAUCAUUAUUCGAGCUACGCAUUUCGUCAUCUGUUGUAACACGUUGACGGGACACAUCGCAAUAAAUGCUCAAAUUAACACACGUUGAGCAAGAGCACACUCUCUAAGGGAAAUAAGAUAGAAGAUUAUUGACAAAGGACUAUGAUUUCGAUUUGUGAUUUGGAAUGACCGCACGUGCGAAAACAGGACUACGUCAACUGCCAUACUGUCUGUGAUAUUGAUGUUUUCAUAAUUUAACGUCAUUUUAUUGAACAUUCCGUUUUAAUCGGCGUUCAUGUCUAGAUUUGUGUAUCAUUUCAACGUGGACAAAGAACCAGCUUUCACGCAUACGGCAUUUUGAAUCAUCCCGUUGGCCACAUCAGUUUUGCUUUGUCCAUUGUGAUCCGGAAGAGCCCACCUUCAGCCUGACUCACCAAAAACAAAGAGGCAGUCGUUCAUAGGCAUUGUUUUCAAGUGAAAAUAUUAUCGAGUGAAGGGUACAUAGUUUGUAUCGCUUUAGGAAACACUAGGAGGUUCUGUCACAUCCUUUCGUGAGAGAACGGAGUAUAUAUGAGCCUUACAGGAAGCCGGCCCAGACUUUGUAUACCGAGUCAUGGGCCACGAAAGAAAGACUAUUAUGACGCUACCUCCAACCUAGGAGUACAAGGGGCUCUUAGUCCAGACCUUCAGCCCUCCCAACCCCUCUUUCCAGAGAAAUACGAACAAUCCAAUGUUUCUAAAAUUGGGAAAUAUUUAUUAUUGGACCAAAUUGAAGGGGACACUUAUAAAGCUGUGAAUUGGCAAACCAAGGAUGAAUAUGUUUGCAAGAUUUUCCAGAUCAAUCGAUACAGAGAAGAGCUGGAAACCUACUGGCAGGUGGAUUGUCAUCCAAACAUCAGCAGUAUCAGCGAGAUAACGCUCGGCGAGACUAAAGCAUAUGUGUUUUUUGAGCGCAAUUAUGGCGAUCUACACUCGUAUGUGCGUCAGAAGAAGCGCCUGAAGGAAGAGGAGGCCAGUCGACUGUUUGAACAGAUCUCGGAUGCAGUGUAUCACUGUCAUGAAAACGGCAUUGUCCUGCGAGACCUGAAGCUUCGCAAAUUUGUCUUCAAAAACCCAGAAAGGACUCAGUUGCGAUUGGAUGGUCUAGAGGAUGCUUGUGUGUUGGAAGAUGAGGCUGAUGACCGAUUGGCAGACAAACAUGGCUGUCCAGCAUAUGUAAGCCCGGAGAUCCUACAUACCAGUGAUACCUACUCUGGUCGGUCUGCAGAUAUCUGGAGCCUUGGUGUGAUGCUGUACACCAUGUUGGUGGGACGGUACCCAUUCCACGACUCGGAGCCUAGUGCAUUAUUCGGGAAAAUACGCCGUGGGCAGUUUACUGUACCCCAGAUGUUAUCAUCAAAAGCAAAAUGUCUGAUAAAAAGUCUGCUGAGACGCGAACCAACAGAGCGACUUACGGCUGGGGAGGUUCUACAGCACCCCUGGGUACAAGGUACCCUUCCCAUUGGAUUCAUGACCAUCGUAGACCAUAAAAAUCUAGAUCAGACGGUUCCUAGUGUCAUCCUACAUGAACCAGAGGACGAUUUCUUCGUAUGAGCUGGGGCAGUUUUCUGUAGAUUUUUUUUACAUGAAGUUGCCAAGUUUUAUGACUGACUUUUAGAAAAAUAUAUAUAAUUAACAGAUAACAACUUGCAAGGAACAAUGCAUUGAAUUGAAUUACCAUUUUGUGAGGAGAAAAAUAUAGGACAUCCUGUAUCGAGAAAAAACUUUAAAAUUGCCAGCAAUAUGUGCAGAAUCAGAUAAUGAAUGGACCCAGAAUCGCCCAAGGAAAACAUUUAUUUAAAGGAAAAUUCAGCUUUACCAGGAGUACUGAUAAUAAAAUUGAUGCACAAUUGUAUCCAUGUCUGCUGUGUAGACAAUUGGAUUCAUACGUUGGAGUCCAAAAGUCUGGCAUCAGACAGGGCACAUCCAGAGACUCCAGUAACUUCCACCUGUUCUGCAGAAUAUACGGGUAAAAUGUCAUCAAUUACAACAGCUGGGCAAACAGUUGUGUUUGGCGAAGUGUUUGACUUGUAAAUUGGCGAUUUUAAUCUGCUGGUAAACGUUUUCUGAUAGGGACACGACAACAAGUGUUGUGUAAACACUUUUUUAUUUAUAAUAAUCAUAUCACUAGUUGGUGAGGAUACGAGUUGUUCAAGGCAGCUGCAAUAUCGGACAACAUCUGUUGUUGGUGGGUUCUUCUCCGAGCUCAUGGCCAGUCUAGUUUCAUAAACAGGAGAAGUGACAAUAACAAAAAAAUUGUAAAAAUUGUGACUUUAAUAAAAAAAGAAAAAAAAGAAACAAAGAAACAUAGUUUUUCUCUCUCCGUGAGAUGUGCCAAGCACUAUGUGUUAGUUGUGGUAGCGUGGAGCGUGUGUUUAGAUGUGUGUUUAGACAUGUGAAAGUUAUCAUACAUGGACGGACGAUAUUUGUGUUUUUAAUGGCAAAUCACUACCAUUGUUGUGUGUGUGUGGUGUUAUAUUUCAGAGUGAAUAAGUGUUGUCUAUAUGGGUAUAUGUGUUUACAAGUGUCUAUUAGAUUCAGUUAUAACUUAUUUCAUUUUAUUGCAAACAAUGCGAGCUAUUAUGGUAUUUCUACCAGAAGGGACCGUUAGCUACAUAUUCCUAUAAAUAUUUUAAUGUUAGCAAGUGCUACACAUGUACUAACAUAUUCAUAGUUUGUUGUAACAGACUAUUAUAUUGUUUACUUAUAACAAAAGUUCUUGAUUUUUACCAUCAUUUGAAUUAAUUUCUAUAUGAAAUGAAACAAGCUGAAAUUUGAGCUCAAGUAAGCAGAUUGAUUUGACUGACUAGGGGUUUAAUGAGUGGCCUUUAUAUUUCUCUUGUUUCAACAUUUCGUAAAAGAUCAUAUGCUGGAUUAUAAAUUUCUUAUUUAUUUCAUGCGUUAAUAUUUUUGAUAUCCAAGUUUUGCGAUAUCCAAAAUGGGCAGACUAUUUAUUUGAGUGUUACAUUGAAACCCUGUACCUUGUGUUGUGACAGUGCCGUAAUGCCAUCCCCUGAAAGUUGUCUCCCCUUAUUUUCCAUCUCUUUGUCCUAGAAACCAGUAUUAAUCAUCUGUAUGAAUGGAAGAAACGAGGUGACUGCAAACAAAGAAAACAAAGAAACGAGAGAGAACACCAGUUAUAUUUGGAUAUAUAUUGUCAGAUUGUAAGAUAUUCUGUCUUUAAUUUAAAACAGCCGAUGGGUUUAUAACCAGUGAAACGUUUGUUACUUAUUUUCCAUGGUAUUUUACGUUGAUAGAAAACACAUGACCUCGCUUCAUGUUAAAACAUUUAGCAAGCGUUAUGGUUUGUUUUCGAAAUAAAACUUGAAAAACUGAAA